CCUAGACUGAUUGGCUACCAAAAUAGUCUUACAACCAUACCAUCAUGGUGUCUGCAGACUUCGCUGAACGGCCAGUCAAGAAGCUCGUGCUGUUCGAUGUCGAUGACACGUUAUCGCCCCCACGUAAGGGGGCAUCUCCAGAAAUAAUCAAGCUCCUGCGCGAACUCAGAAAGCAGCUCGCUAUAGGCUUUGUUGGCGGAUCUGAUCUCGUCAAGAUAUCUGAACAGCUCAGUGUUGGCGAUUUCAAUGUUCUGGAGGAGUUCGACUUUGGGUUCGCUGAGAACGGCCUUACCGCGUACCGACUUGGAAAGCCGUUGGAGUCGCAGUCCUUCAUCAAAAUGGUAGGCGAAAAGGACCAUCAGGAGCUGGUCAACUUCAUCUUGCACUACAUUGCUGACAUGAACAUCCCAAUCAAACGUGGAACAUUCGUAGAGUUCCGUAAUGGUAUGAUCAACGUCAGCCCUAUUGGCCGCAAUGCAACGUUGGUUCGCUUACGUGCUACUAUCCCUUCCACUGCAAUCGGCACCCCACAGAAGUCGGCACUUUCACAAAACUCGUAUUUCUAGCUACUUAAACACAAAAUUCUUAACAUAGGUAUCAUUCUCUGUCUAAUACAACUCAUUACGAGGUUGAACGACCAUGAUUAAAGCAGAAUUGAGCGAGAUAGUCGAAAGUGCCGAAGUCACGCAGAAAUGUCACCUGCCGAUAUGUGCCGUGACGGAGUCUCAAAUUGCACACACCCACUUUGGAAGUGCCGACUGGUGCAGCGCUGCUGGCUAUGGGGCUGGUCCGCAUUCGCAAGUCUAGCAGCGGCAGACGAGGAAAGCUGCGAGCUUCGUCAGACCCAACUUAUGAGUCACGUAUUCAGGCUGC